CACGCCCAGCCGCCCCACCCGGCCGUAGCGGGCCAGGAGACGCCCCGCAGGCCUGAGUGACCCUCGCAGCGGCGCCGUUCUCCUCCGCCUCUCGCAGCCAUGGACGUGUACCCCCCACACCGGCUGGGACUGCCCCGCGCACGGUCCCCCGGCGGCCCUGGCCGCGGGUCGCCCUCCGUCAGCUGCAGUCGACUCCGCCAGGUUCAGAGCAUCCUGACCCAGAGCAGCAAGUCUCAACCCGAUGGAAUCCUCUGCAUCCUAGGAAUCGAUAGCAGGUACAAUGAAGGCUGCAGAGAGCUGGCAAAUUAUCUUCUGUUUGGUUUGUACAAUCAGAAUACCAGUGAUUUUGAGAAAACAGGGUUUUCUGAAGAGGUUCUAGAUGAUGUGAUUAUAUUGAUUAAAUCAGAUAGUGUCCAUCUGUACUGUAAUCCUAUAAAUUAUCGCUAUCUUUUACCCUAUGUGGCACAUUGGAGAAAUCUGCAUUUCCACUGCAUGACCGAAAAUGAGUAUGAAGAUGAGGAAGCUGCAGAAGAAUUUAAAAUUGCCAGUUUUGUGGACAUGGUUCGAGACUGUAGUAGAAUUGGCAUUCCUUACAGCUCCCAAGGUCACUUGCAGAUAUUUGAUAUGUUUGUAGUGGAGAAAUGGCCAAUUGUACAGGCCUUUGCACUUGAGGGCAUUGGAGGGGAUGGAUUUUUUACCAUGAAAUACGAGUUGCAGGAUGUGAGUUUGAAUCUAUGGAAUGUCUACAGCAAGAUGGAUCCUAUGUCUCUGGAGACUUUGCUUUCAGAAGAUUUGGUGGCUUUUGAACGUCAGUGGACUAGCUUCUUCGCCAGUUUUGACACAGAAAUUCCCUUCUUGCUGGAAUUGUCUGAAUCUCAGGCGGGUGAGCCAUUCAGAAGUUACUUUAGUCAUGGAAUGAUUUCCAGUCAUAUAACUGAAAAUAGCCCUAAUAGGCAGCCAUUUGUUCUCUUUGGUAAUCAUUCCACACGAGAAAACCUGAAUGCUGGCAACUUUAACUUCCCUUCUGAAGGGCACCUGGUACGCAGCACUGGUCCCAGCGGGAGCUUUGCCAAACACAUGGUAGUACAGUGUGUUUCACCAAAGGGACCCCUUGCUUGUUCAAGAACAUACUUUUUUGGAGCUACUCAUGUUCCUUACUUGGGAGAUGACAACAAGCUGCCCAAGAAAACUGAACAAAUUAGGCUCUUGUCACAGGUAUAUGCUGCUGUUAUUGAGGCUGUUUUGGCUGCCAUUGCAUGUUAUGCUAAAACUUCCAGUCUAACAAAGGCCAAGGAGGUAGCUGAGCAGACCUUUGGAUCUGGGUUAAAUUCCUUUGAGUUGAUGCAGUUUAAGGCAGCCCUACACUCCAAGAUGGCUUUUCAUAUACAUGCUGUGAAUAAUCAGGGAAGAAUUGUGCCUCUGGACAGUGAAGAUAGCUUAUACUUUGUGAAGACGGCUUGUAUGACCAUCUAUGACAUUCCUGACUUGCUGGGAGGAAGUGGGUGCUUAGGAUCUGUGGUCUUCUCAGAAUCAUUUUUGACAUCUCAGAUCUUGGUUAAAGAAAAGGAUGGCACUGUUACCACAGAAACCAGCUUCAUAAUCCUGACAGCUGCCAUACCCAGAUUCUGCUCCUGGCUGGUAGAAGAUAUAGAAGUAAAAUUUUCUGAGAAAACCCAGCAAUCGGUUAUGGGAGAUGAGUGUUUCCUGGGCACUUUUCUAACUAGAGGAGAAGGGGCGUAUCUUUAUUCUAGUAAUCAACAGUCUUGGCCUGAGGAAGAUAAAGUCAACCACUCCAGCAGGCCAGCCACUCUCCUUCAUAAGACUUCUGCACCACAGAGCUGGAGGGGAGGGAAAGUACAUUUCUUCUCUGGUGGACUUCUGUUUUCUGACCGUCAUCACGGAAAUAUCAUCAUUUCCAAGGAUCACAUGAAUUCCGUUUUGUUUUAUGAUGGGGAUUCCACCAGUAUUGUUGCUGCCCUUCUGAUAGACUUCAAAAGUUCAUUGCUUCCCCAUCUUCCAGUUCAUUUCCGUGGAUCAAACAAUUUUCUGAUGAUUGCCCUUUUCCCCAAAUCCAAGAUAUACCAAACAUUUUACUCAGAGGUCUUCUCCCCCUGGCAACAGCAGGCUAACUCAGGGCUGUCUUUAAAAGUGAUCCAGGAAGAUGGAUUAUCUGUGGAACAAAAGAGAUUACACUCCAGUGCACAGAAGCUCUUCAGUGUCCUGAGCCAUUCUGCUGGGGAGAAACGGAGUCCUCUAAAGCUACUCUCAGCCAAACUCCCAGAGCUGGAUGGGUUUCUCCAGCAUUUUGCCGUCAGCAGCGUUAGUCGGGAACCCAUGAUGAGGACCCAUCUCCCUGUCCUGCUGCAGCAAGCUGAAAUCAACCCUACUCACACAGUAGAAAAUGACAAGGUAAUUAUCAGCAUUGUAACUGGCCUCCCAGGCUGUCAUGCUAGCGAGCUCUGUGCUUUUCUGGUCACUCUGCAUAAGGAAUACGGCAGGUGGAUGGUAUACCGUCAAGUCAUGGACAGCUCCGAAUGUUUUCACGCUGCCCACUUCCAGAGAUACCUUUCCAGUGCCCUGGAGGCCCAACAGAACUGCUCUGCCCGCCAGUCAGCCUACAUACGCAAGAAGACCAGACUACUGGUGGUGUUACAAGGCUACACAGAUGUUAUUGAUGUUGUCCAGGCCCUGCAGAUACAUCCAGAUUCAAAUGUCAAGUCCUCCUUCACCAUUGGUGCCAUCACAGUGUGUGUGGAGCCCCUGAGCUGCUACAUGGAGCACAGAUUUCUCUUUCCUAAAUGUCUCGACCAGUGUUCACAAGGCCUGGUGAGUAAUGUGGUGUUCACCAGUCACACCACAGAGCAGAGGCACCCUCUCCUGAUUCAGUUGCAGAGCCUCAUCAGAGCUGCCAAUCCUUCGGCAGCCUUCAUUCUUGCAGAAAAUGGGAUUGUCACCAGGAAUGAAGACAUUGAACUGAUUCUCUCAGAAAAUAGUUUUUCGAGUCCUCAGAUGCUACGAUCUCGAUAUCUAAUGUACCCUGGCUGGUAUGAAGGUAAAUUUGAUGUUGGAUCGGUCUUUCCAUUAAUGGUUCAGAUUUGUGUAUGGUUUGGUCGUCCCUUGGAGAAGACUCGCUUUGUGGCCAAGUGUAAAGCAAUUCAGUCCUCUAUCAAGCCAAGUCCCUUCUCUGGAAACAUCUACCACAUCCUGGGCAAAGUGAAGUUUUCAGACUCUGAGAGGACCAUGGAGGUCUGCCACAACACUCUGGCCAAUUCCUUGAGCAUCGUGCCAGUUUUGGAGGGACCCACGCCACCGCCUGACUCCAGAAGCACACCUCAAGGCAGCAGCGGGCAGCAGGAAUGCUACCUCGUGUUCAUAGGCUGCUCCCUGAAGGAAGAAAGUGUCAAGGACUGGCUGCGGCAGUCAGCUAAGCAGAAGCCUCAGAGGAAAGCCCUGAAGACCAGGGGGAUGCUGACCCAGCAGGAGAUCAGGAACAUCCACGUGAAACGCCACCUGGACCCCCUACCUGCAGGUUACUUUUAUAAUGGCACCCAGUUUGUCAACUUCUUUGGUGACAAGACUGAUUUUCACCCACUCAUGGACCAGUUCAUGAAUGACUACGUGGAAGAAGCCAACCGGGAAAUCGAGAAGUAUAACCGCGAGCUGGAGCAGCAGGAGUAUCAUGACCUCUUUGAGCAGAAGCCCUAGAGGAAGAAGACCCUGGAGAUGGACGUUUUAAAACGGGGUGUCUUAACCUCAGCUUUUCCAGAGGCCCCUCCCUAGAGGGGCUAUCUUUGUUCUCCUUGGCCUUUGUGUGCUGGCUUGAGUGCAUGUUGUCUUUAUUCUCUAUACAGCGCUGAAGAGCAUCACCUGCACCACUGAUUUGGCAGGGGAGGGGGGUCCUUAUGGAGGAUGAGCAGACAGGGGCUGCCCUUUGUGUGCAGCCGGCAGUCCAGGACCUCUGGGUCUCUGAUAACAGUAUUUUCUUUGGGCUGUUGCAGCAGUGUGUGAGGGUGGGAGGAGCAUUUGGAUUGCACAGAGUGGCUGCUGGGACAUAAAGAAUCCUGGCUGCCAAACUGUGGCCAUGCCUGGGGGCCCAGGCCACCACAGGCCUUGGGCCUCAGACACCACCCCAGGAGAGCCUUUCACCCCAGUGGAGUGCCUGCCUCCCUGUUUAGGCCCCUUCCACUGAAGGCUUGGGCCCUGCUGACCCUAUGCCCAGUCCUAGAGGGAACAGCACAAGCCCUGGCCAAUCCCAACCCACAGAGCCAACAGCUUGGGCGGAGAUUAGCAGCUUAUUCUAAAAUGAGGGAAUUUCCCUUACGGACUAAACAGAGGGGAAAGACUUGUUGCUUUCCAGAAGUAUGUGGCUUUUGAAUUGACACAAGCAGCCCCCCUUGGGACUGGUUUGAGCCUCCUCAUGUCAUCACUCUGGUUUACCUCAUUCGGAGACGAGAAAAACUGCUGCUCAGGCCUCCCUGGUGACGCUUUGCCUCACUGUUAAGGUCAGUGUCCUGCAACUGCAUAGUCUUACGCCCAGGGUUCUGGUCGCUUAUGGGGCAUCUUCACUUGAAGGGGGUUCAGUCUCAGCACCCAUACCUCCCCUCAGUCUUGCCAGGGAAGGCCUGGUUUUCAGCCCAACCUUCAGGAAUCUCAUGUCUCCAAGCAUCGUUGCUAGUCUUGUAUUUGUUUGGCUCUAGGGGACCAGGAAUUUCGGAGAAUUCCAAAUCCAAGUUAGAAUUCCUUCUAGUAGCUUUGUUUUCAGCUGGAUUAAAAAGCAGAGGGGAAUUUCAAGUGUAUCCCAUGCCUGACCUCCAGAAUUAGUGUGGGGAAGAGGAAGGUCGCAGGCACAGAUACUUAGGUGAUGUCUGUUAGGACUUCAGCGCCUCAGCUGCCUAGAUUGUAAAUGCUUUCUGAAUUUCAUGUAUUUUUUUGCAUGCCUUAGGAAGGAGCACAUAGGCAAAACCAGCAAAGUUUCUAGUAACGUAGAGGGGUUUUUGAGAAAGGAUCCUGGCACAGAGGAGAGACAGAAAACCGAUGGAGCACAUGUAGUCUGUCACACAGAGUCCUGCAUACAAGUAGUAAAGCAGUUGUUAAGGGCUUGUUAGUAACAUGUACUUAUAUUAGAAAAAAAUUUUUCAUUUGAAGCCAAAUGAACAAUACUCCAAAUACCAUUUAAUAAGAACUCUUGCUUGAAGAAAGGCUUCUGAAAAGGCCCAUGUGCUCCAGUCUCAGCUCCCAAAGCUGCUGGUGACAAGGGCCCAGGUGUGGAGCCCCAUCUGGGAGCCCCUUACUUCUAGCUGGCCAGAGGCUGGGUCCACAACGGGCCUGCCUCUGCUUCAGAAUCAAUAACAGAUCUUAAGUGCAAUUGAUGAAAUAAUAAUGAGUUACUGUAGCUUCCUUUAGCUCUACCAAGCUCUUUUUAAAAACUCAAGCAGCCUUAGAAAAGGGAGCCAGGGGUGGGAGGGGGCGGGGGGCGGGGCGGGGGGGAGAUGACAGGCCAUCUCCUCCAGGUGGGUUGCUGUGAACAUUUAAAUGAAAGCUCUCUUUCUAGGAGCUUGAGCCAUUUCCUGGCUGCUGCACAAAAGAGUUUUUAAAGAGGGGUCGGAGCCCACCCAUAAAAGUGGGUCUUAAACACUGCAUGGGGCUAUACCUCCUGAUGGUCUUGGUUUCUGACCAUUGUCCAUAGAAAUGCUCUCUCACCAACUUGCCCCACUGUCCCAAUUCCUCUCCUGUUAGAGGGGAAACUGUGAUUACCUCAACUUGAAUAUGAAACUGUGAUUGAAAAAAGUCAAAAUGUUAAGUUUCAAAGCCAAAAAGGCAAAACUGGCUGAGGCUUCCAUAGACACUCAGCCUGCUUGGGAGUGUGAAGGGCACACUGGUGAAAGGGCAUUCCUUGGGGCGUACUUGCAGUGCCCCUGGUGAAGAGGCACACUAGCGGUGCGCUGUGUGAGCUCUUUGAGGACUGAGGCCGGGAGGAUGCUUCCUCCUCACACUGCCCCUUCUGUAACCUUUGGGGCCUCUGGGUCUUGGAUGUGAAGAUUAAUAUCCACUUGAUUCCUCUGGACACUCCAGGUGGAGGUGUGGGGUCUUAGACUGUCUCUAGAGGAAGGGCCAUGACACUGUGUUUGAAAUUUUGACCUUAGAAGUGGAUACCAGAGAUCCAGCCAAAGACAUCAGGUUCCUAGGGAUAGGCAGAAGUCCUCCAGGGUCUUACAUGCUUUCUGCCCACUCUUCUAUUAGCAGCUUCAGUUUUAUAUCACCCCGAGUGAGUGUGAUAGUGUUGAAGUCGCUGAAGUUAUAGGUUAUUUUACAUUUUGAUAUGGGAUUUUUCUGUUUUUGAUUGGAAGGAGGCAGAAAUUGGAGAAAAGGGAUCACCCUAGGAAGGGGUCACUGGCAAGGAGUGGAGUUGGCCCCACAGAGUCCUGGGGGCUGUGACCUGAGGCCUGGACACCAGGCCCUAUGGGUCUCAAAAAAAAAGUACCCUCCUAAAUUCUAUUAGGAUUUCAGAAAUUUUUUGCACAGUAAUAAGCUCUGGAUUUGCUCUUUGGGCUUGUCAAAAGGGAAAAGUUAACUCAAAGAUUGUAAGCUAUUAAGUAUUCCAGCCAUGUUGCUGACCUAGAUGGAUAGUUGUACCUCAAAAAGUAGGUGAGAAAUAGCUUCCUCACUGUUCCAGGUUGUCAAAUACUAAUGACAGAAGAGCUCACUUACGUGCCAAAAUUCACUUUUAUACUAGUUUUUCAGUGCUUUAAUAUUCAUAACUUAAAUUUUAAAACUCAUAUUUACAAACACUACUGUAACUUCAGUGAAACAAUUGUGUGAUUGAAGCUUUUUGCUUAUUAUAGUAUUUAUUACACUACUUAAUUCAGUAAAUAUAUAAAAGUAGCCUUCAAUUUAUUUUUAUAUUAUUUUCAUGUUUUUUACCUGCAGUUGUGUAUGUGAAUUUAUCUUGUUAACUGAGAUGUAAUACUGAGGACCAAUAAACUUAUCACUGAACAAGCAGG